GCACUCAACAUAAAUAUGUACAACUUCAAAACCAUGAAAUAUACUAGUGUUUCUUGUGUACUCUUCUUUUAUUUAAAUAUACUAAUACCUUCUUGUUUAGCUUACAAUGUGGUUAGUUUUGGGGCUAGGGGAGAUGGCAGGACAGAUUCAACCUCCGCUUUUCUUCGCGCUUGGUCUUCUGCCUGCCAUUCUACUAGCCAGCCUAACGUGUAUAUUCCACGAGGAACAUAUUUGGUAAGGACGUUGAACUUAAAUGGUCCUUGUAAGAGACGAAUUGAGUUCCGAAUUGAUGGUACUCUCGUUGCUCCGGUGAAUUAUAAUGCAAUUGGAAAUUUUGAGUUUUGGAUUAUGUUUUAUAAGGUAAGUGGACUUAAUGUGUAUGGUGGAACUAUUAAUGCCAAGGGACAUGGUUAUUGGUCUUGUAGAAAAGGUGGAGGUACUUGUCCACAAGGAGCUAGGUCGAUACAAUUUAUGUGGUGUAACAAUGUACUGUUAAAGGGUUUGACAUCACUAGACAGUCAAAGAGUACAUAUAGGAAUUGGUUACAGCAGCAAUGUGAGAGUUGAGAAUGUUAAGAUAACAGCUCCAAGUGGAAGUCCAAACACUGAUGGAAUUCAUGUUCAGAACUCAAGGGGGGUUACUAUUUAUGGCAGCAUUAUCAAGACUGGAGAUGACUGUAUAUCCAUUGGCCCUGCCUCAGCGAAUAUGUGGAUUGAAAAAGUUGGAUGUGGCCCUGGACAUGGCAUUAGCAUUGGAAGUUUGGGACAUAGUUUAAAUGAAGAUGGAGUAGCAAAUAUCACAGUAGCAAAUUCUGUUUUCACAAAGACACAAAAUGGGAUUAGGAUAAAAUCAUGGGCAAGACCAAGUGGUGGCUUUGCUAAAAAUCUCAUGUUUAAAAACCUUGUUAUGAGGAAUGUUGGAAAUCCCAUUUUCAUUGACCAAAACUAUUGCCCCCAUAAUGUGUGCCCUCGUCAGAGUUCAGGAGUGAAGGUGAGCGACGUAACAUUCAAGAAUGUGAAAGGAACAUCAUCUACACAAGCAGCCAUGAAAUUUGAUUGCAGUCCCUCAAAUCCGUGCACCGGAAUAAAAUUACAUGACAUAAAGCUCACUUACAAUGAUCGUUUGAGAAGGCCAGCCUUUGCUUACUGUAAAAAUGCAAGGGGAAGUCAUGCUGGCAAAGUGUUUCCCAAAAGUUGCAUAUGAAGAAACCUCAAAACACCAAAAUUUAUACUCCAACAACAAAAUAACUUC